GCGUGUGCGAUUCCUGAUGUCUUUCUUGCAGGAUUCGUGAAAGAGAGCGUGCACGACACUUGGCAAAAUGUCGUCUUCUCCGAUGAGCAGUGUUGGCGAGGUUGUGGACAUGGCCGGAGAUUUCGCGUUGACCCACAGGCGGCUUAUCGAGCAAGCGCAUGAGCUGGCCCGUAAGCACGGGGUGCUAUUCACUAGCGUAUCGGCUAUGGUGGAGGAGCUCCAGCGUCUGCAGGGUGAGCUAGAGAAGGCGAACAUGAGAGAGGGGCUUGCCAUGUCGAGAGCCGAAGCUGCGGAGCGACAAGUUGCUUCUCUGAGGGAGGAAGUGGCCCACCUGCAACACCAGUUGUCAAUUUACGAAGGGGGCUCCGACCAUAGCCCUGCAGAGCCCGAUAGUUUUGUCACAACUUUGCAGAACCCUAGCCGCAUGCGAGGUGGAACCGUCGCCAGUGUGACAGUGUCGGUGGGUCACAUGCGACGUGACUCUAGUGUGCGCACACCUCCGCAUCGGCAGGUGCCCACCGAGGCGAGAUCGCCUUCAUCACUGCCCGUAGUGUCGCCGGACAUGAACAGUCGUGACGUCACAGCGGUCGCUGAACAGUUGAGGAGAAGUAUGUGUAUGGAGGGCGAUUCCCUGAGUGGGCAUAGGUAGAUGUGUGUUGCAGGUUAGCGUUU